GCCCAAAUUCCGGUGCCGCAAUUCUUGCUACCAUGCCCUCCGCCAGCGGAGAUCGGACGGCCGAGUUCCUGUCACUGUCGCGGACACUUUUAAGGAUAGGAGGUAUAGGAGCUGUCAGUGACCAUGCUCAAAACGAUCACCUUUCAAAAGCUGCGCCAGGGGCAUUGACUGCUUUGAUAAGGAAUGAUGUUGUGGCACUAGACACGGCUCUGUUAGAUUUGAUAAACUUUCAAAGUAUGGAGAUUGCAGGUGGAAAUUAUUCUAAGGAUAGAGUAGCACAUUCAACAACUGUUUGUAAUGACUUAGAGAGCAAAUUCAUCGGAGCCACAAAGCAUCUUCAAGAUGUGGCUCAUGAAAACAGGAAACAUAUAUUUUCCAAGAAUGCGUCGAGAGAGAAUCUGUUUCAGUGUCAAAGAGGAAAUGUGACUGAGCUACCUCCUUGGUCAAAUUCCUGUAAUACAGCUGGCAGUUUGAAGCAAUCAAGACGAAGGCCAACUGCAGACAACACACCUUCCCAUUAUAUGGAAAUGUCUAUUUCGCAGCAGGUCAUUCCACGGCAAGAGAAUUAUACAGAGAGCAGGGCAGCUGCUCUUCACACUGUGGAAUCUACGAUUUCAGAACUAAGUGGGAUCUCUACACAGUUGGCUACUGUGGUUGCACAGCAAGGGAAACUAGUUAUCAGCAUUGACGAGAACAUGGAUGAAUCACUGGCUAAUGUUGAAGGUUCCAGCAAUGCUGUGUUGAGGCACCUUCACCAAACAUCAUCAACUAGAUGGCUUUUAAUCAAGAUAUUUGCUGUGAUAAUCUUAUUCCUGUUAGUCUUCAUCAUCUUCGUGGCUUGAACGCGAUUAAUAAGAUAAAAAACAUAUCUGGGGCUGAAGGGUCGCCAUCUCUGUAUAUGGCUUUAAGUCAUCAAGUGCUGUUUGUUUGCUGAUUAACUAAUAUUCAUUGUGUAUACCUUUAGAUACUUGAUGCUGCUAACUAUUAUCCGUGACAACUUGACAAAUCGAUACAGAUUACUGAGUCAUAUCUUGUUCAUUCGGAAUGAUAAUUUUUUUCUCUUGCCUUGAUAUCACGUUUGGUUAAAAUUCAAGAAAUAUAUGCGUUGUGACUAC